AUGAAUGUCAAGACAAAGCUUCCAGACUCAACUGAGGUAAGGGAUACUAAACAUUCUAAUUUUGGUAGUACAUGCUGCAUUUUGGCAACAAGAAAUUCUUUAAAGUCAUAAAUAUAAAUAAAAAUAUUCACUCCUACUGUAUGUCGUAAUGUCAAUUUUAUAUUCUUGACUAGCAAAAUAUAUUCUUGUGUGAAAGGUCCCUACGCAACUACCGGAAACGGCAGACAUGUGGUAGUAUUAAGACAAAGAAUCUCAUUAUUUUUUACUGAAUUUCGCACAUUCUUUUAAUUCUCAAGGGAUUAGUUGCAAGACAAGAAUAUAAUCUAUGAUAUAUAGUCAUGUUAACAAGUAACAGAAACGUCAGCUUCUUGAACACACAGCCAGCUUGGGUUUGCUUGCUUUGCUUUUUCCACUGCCCUUGUGUGUUAAUAGAUACUAUGUGUUGUGUAAUGUAUUUAAUUCAACCCUACUAGGACUCUGGGCAGAAUACCUUCCAAGCCACUCAAAGAUGCUUUUUGCGCCUCUAUUAUUACAAUGAUGGGUCAAACAGAAUUGGUGUGUCAGAAUUAAUAUCCUAUUUCUGUCUCUUAUAGGUUAUGGCACUUUCUUAUGAAAAUUCAAAGACGUGUGUAAAUGCCAUUGCUCCUUUGAAUGCCAUGAAUGCCAACUUAUCUUUGAAUGCUAUGAACACCAACUUGUCUUUGAAUGCCAAAUUAACUUUGAAUGCUAUGAAUGCCAAUUUAACUUUGAAUGCCAUGAAUGCCAACUUACCUUUGAAUGCUAUGAAUCAUGAAGUUAUACGCAUAAAUACAAAAGUUAUAUCUGGAAAAGUAUAUGAUGCUAAGUGUAUGACAGCAAAGUGUAUGAUAACUAUGAAUAGUAGAACUAAUAAUGAUGAAAAGUAUCAAUAUAGUACUUUUUUAAGUUACAAACAACGUCGUGAUUGA